AAUAAUGUACAUAUAUUAACUGCUUUGAAUAGAAUGAUUAAAACUGUAGCCCCCAACUGAUUUCAAGACUGUACUAUGCAAUCACGUAUCCGCGAAGACAGACACAUACGCUAUAGCGCCCCCAGUGGUCAGAUGUAAUCGCGUACGUCGAUAUGCUUCACUGCUUUGUUUUGAAAAAUGCCGGCGACUGGUGUUUUUGCAUGGAAUAGGUCGUUUCUUCUUCCAGUUUUUAUGAUUUUGGUAUGGCAAUUUUAAGUAUCAUUUACCGAUUUUCAUUGAUAAUAUACACAAGUCUAAGUAUAAAUUAAAUAUCAUUUUAAACUACCAACUUUAUGUGGUAAAACCUAUACCCUAGGCCUAGAUUUUCGCCAAAACGGAAGUGUUAAAUAGUAUCGAGGAAGUAGUAAACUGUGUAUUAUUUCUCUUCCGGAGUUAUACCAAAUGAAUUUAUUUAUAUUAGUUUUUAACUACUAUCCUGUCGAAGUAAUGAGGAAAGACUUGGGAAAUAAUUAGUGUUUUUUCAUAAUUCGACUUUAUAUGUGGGUAUGUCAAACCCUUAAUUUAGCACAUAGGCUAGAUUAUUAUGGCAAUUACACAGUAUGAUAUAUUUAAAUGUUAAGUUAAAGUGUGUUAUCUGAAUACCAGUUGUUUAAAUACUUGAAACAAAUUGUUUUGCAGUUUCCUGGAAACACAUAAAGAAAUAUUAAAAUCCUUGUGUAGGGUGUUUGGUGUAAAACUCCACAAAGAUGGCACAAGGAUAAAAUCCGUAGAACAUUAUCAAGAACAGCUUGGUGUUGGCAGAGAGGAUGACGACAUACAUCUUCUAUAUUUUUGCAAUCUCUGCUACAUCAAGCUGAUAGUGCAAAAAAAUGCCACAAGCAUAAGGAAUGGCCGUCACAUAAAAGAGUAGGAAGGUGCGAGAUCUGCAAGGACAUGUUGAGGAAAGAUUAGGAUUGAAAUAAACUUGGAAAACCAAGAUACACGACACACAAUGAUAAAUGAUCAAGUAAUUUCAGUGAUAUACAGUAUUUGCAAUGAGAAUCAUUAAAAAUCACAUGACAAUACUCAAUAUAGAAAUCACAAAGUGAUAUUCUCAUCAUCAUUUUGUAUUAUUCUGUCUUUUACUACAGACUGUAAAGUAUCUUAAAUUCCCACAAGUCAGGGUUCCCUCGAAUGAAGCUUCAAAGAAGACAAAAAAGAACAAAUCAGGUCACUUUUUUAUAUUAAUUGUUUUUAGUAGCUUAUGCUAAAUUAUUAGUUGAAACAAAAUGCCGGUACUAGCGCAGGCACCAGCUUAUAAAGUAUUGUUAUCUUACAGAUUAAGCAAUUUAGAACAAUGAUCAGUGGCCCAAGUAAUGAUGCUGUUGCUAAUGAUGCUGUUGCUGAGCAACAGCGUCACAAGCUCCAGAACCUUCAGGACAAUUUAAAGUCCAUAUUAAGAACGCCACUGAAAAUGCCAUAUGGGGAUAUCUUGUCGAAAAACCAUCUGGGAUUAGGUGGAUCCAAGACAAGGUUAUUAAAGAGGUACAGAAAAUGGAAGGUUGGAACAGGAUUUCAUGGUGAACAAGGGGGAGAGUAUGCAUGUGAGAAUAUCAUUCAACUGGUUUACAGGGGAAAGACAACAGAUAGGUUGGAAUUACUAUUUGCGGUAAUGAAAAACCACUGGGUGUCUUGUUGUCCAUCAACCCUGAAAGCCAGGCCAACCUGCAAGAAAAGUGAAGAAUGAAAAAGCUGUUGUGAUGGGCAUCUUGUACCUUCAAUCCUGGAAUAUAAUGUUUGUGCCUCCAACCAUGUCUCGAUAAAAUGCUUCCAGCAACAAUUUUUAGCUGUAUGUACAUCACAAUAUAGUAUAUAUUGUAAAAGAAGUAAAAUUAAUCUUUGUAUUGUAUUCUGCCAUUUACUAUUUGGCAAUCUUUCAAGUCAUCAUUAUUUUGAUUUUUUUAUGGAAAAAUGAUUGGGUUCUUUUUUAAAUAUAAAAAAUAGUAUUUUUUUUUCAUGAGUGCCAGGGCAUAUAAAAAUAGAAAUUAUUAUGAGCCUAUUUACUGCUGUACUUUUGAAAAUUGAUGGAGAAAAUAAAAAUGUUCUUUAUAAUUUAAAAUAAAUACUGCUCUGUGUGUGUGUUUUUCUUUUUUUCUAUUUAAUGUAAUAAUUUAACAUGCAGUCAUUAUCAACACCAAAAAUCUAUGAAUUAAAGGUUAAAGAAUGCAUUUGAUUUAAUGUACUAUAGUACAGUCUAUGUGUCUAUGUUGUACUACAAUAUUAAUAUUAAACACCCUAUUUCCUACAAUGGUACAACCCAAAUUGGUGAUCAUUGCGUACAAGCGGUCAUAUUCCAUUCCCUAAUGUAGGGUACAGAAAUAUUCAUACAUUUUUUCGUAAAACUGCAUUUAAAACUUAAAUAUAACUUCACAAUUUCAAAUACAACAAAAAUACCGAAUGAAAGUGAAAAUUAAACUUACCAUCGAUGUGUUUAGCCGAGAGAUCCAUCUUCCCAUCACUUCCUGCACAUGUGUGCACUGGCCGUUAAUUAUCAAAGUCCAGGCAUAUUUCCAAAAAAACGCCAAUAACACAAUUGUUACUGUGAAGACCAUGUUUCCGCUAGUGUAGAUUCU